CAGCCUAGGUGUUGGUAAUGAACAUUCACUUCCCUGGCAACGGCCUCGUACCCGGAAGUUGUUGUCUUCGCCGCGAAAUAUCAGAAGCUCAACUUCAGAGCGGUAGAUAUUUCAUUCGAAAUGUCUUUAACCUCUUUAAACAUAGCCUCUACAGGACUACGCGUGAUUGCUGAGUUGAUACAACGUUUGGUAAUAUGUGUGUAGUGUGUAGGCUGUAAUGCAGCGGAGUAAAGCGGCUGUGAGCGUGGAAGUGAAGCAGGUGAUUGGAGCUCUGUGCAGACUGCUCGCUGCCACCGGGCUGGAAUCUGUCCCCGCACCGGAGAACUUCAGACGGGCUAAAUUCGGUGGUGGACUCGAGGUGGAGGAACAGUUUUGGCAGCUCCUCACCGAUAUCCUUCAGACGUCUGGCAUUGUUUCCCGUGAAGCUCGUGCACAGCUAGGAGGAGAGCACAGAGCGCUGGUCGCUGCAGGCCUCUGGCAGACUGGUUACCAUGCUGACUGGAUGUAUGGGCAAGGGGGAGGAAAAGGAGGGGAGGGAGGGAGAUUCUCCAGCAAAGACCUCCUCCUGGCGCUUGGCUGGCUUCUCGCUACAGGAAAACUGGAGAAACUGCUGACACAGAGAAUACAGCAACUCGACAAAACACUCCUACUCACGCCUACACCUGUGAACCCGCAGCUUCCAAAUGAGUUCCAGUUAGACUUAGCAUCUCUGAGGAAACUUCAAUGGCUCAUUGGUUCUCUGAGAUACCAGGGGCGGACGCUGCUGUCCAUGCAAGAAGAGCGAACUUGCUUGCUCCAUGCUGUUUUCUUUGCCAGCCUUCCCUCCUCUGUAUCCUCCACCUCCUCUGAUCAAGGCUCAACAUUGCUAAGGAAGGACUGUGCUUGUAUGCAGCAGCUCUGUGACCUCCUAGAAGCAUAUCUGAAGUGGAAACAGGUAGAGACAGUCUUCUGGACCUGGAUGGACAGUGUGGUGGAUUGCCAUCUGACAGAUCCUGUUUUCAAGAAGCCUACACAUGCACCCAAUGGGAGUGCAAGAGUGUGUCACCACGGAAACCGGGGGCUAGAGAAAUUGGAGAACAUGCUAUUGAGACUACCUACAGGACAGAAAGGACAGAGAAGAGUCAGAGAGGCCCCUGAGGACAGAGGAGAAGGACUCUUGCAGUGUAGAUCGGACACCUCUUGCCUCCCUCCUCUUCUCUCCUCUUUCCCCUGUCCGCCCUCCUGCCCCCAGGUGUACCGAGCCAGGCUCCAGACUGAGAGGCCAUGCAGACACAGCAGCCACCCAGCACAUGAGGCCCGCGGUCAGGCCGACACUCCGGACGAGUUUGCAGCGUCUCAGGCUGCGCAGCCGCUUCUUCACACAGAGGCUCUGCUGCUGGAGAGGCGGGACAGGCAGAGACUGGCCAAUAGGAUGCAGCUGCAGGACAUGAUUGGCAGGCUGGAUGAACUGGUGUUAAUACCACCAUAGACUGUUUUUAAUCCUCAAACUGCUGAUUUACUAAUCCAGAAAUAAACACAAUAUUGAUUUUGA